CGAACGACCGCAUACUUCCAGCAGAGGGACACACAAACAACAUUAAACAAACCCUCACGGAGCUUGAAAUCAUCGUUUUGCCAUUCCACUUACAGACACAUAGACAAAAGCACAACCAUCAUGUCGAUGUCAGCGACGCAGGCGAGGGCAGCUCUUCAAAAGAUGAUGCAAUACACGGAGGAGGGCAUCCACUACGAUGACGACGGGGAGCUUCGACUACUUACGGAGAGAUUGUCGAGUUACUUCGAUGUCAGAGUGAACAUUCGUGCAAGCAUCGCUGCGAACGGAGAGGAGUCGCUCAGAGCACGGAUGCUAUUGGCACGGUUCACUGAGGCGCAUGAUUUGCGUGUAGACAACAGUGCUGAUACCAGUGCAUACAGUUUGAGAAAAGUGGUUGGUUGGAUGUGCACAGAAGGGAUGUCCGAUGAAGGGGACGUGGAUAUGACAAAGCAGCAGAAGGGUGGAACAUACAUGCCAGCCGAUUUCAAGCAUAUGCUGAUGACACAGGCGAAGAAAUGGGGAAUGCUUGUUGAAGAUUCUAAGGACGAGAUGAAGAGCGGUGCAGCAGAAAUUUUAGUACUCUCGUGUUUGAAGGACAUACCGCAAGCUCCCCCGCAAGACUUCCAAGAUCUUCCAGUAAUUUUUGCAAACGGGGUGGAGUAUGUUUUACUCGACCAACUGGUGGAUUUCAUGAAAAAGAAAUUUGACGAUCGGAAUGUCAUACAUGAGGUAUUGCAUGAUGUGACAGAGCAAGCACUGGCGGGCAAGGACCUCAUUAACUACAGGGUGCGGAGUUUGGACGAGGAUGUCGUAUGGUGGCAAGAGAACAAUCUACGCAGUGAUGAUUGGCCAGAAGAAGCACACGUCAUUUUGUGGUACCGCGACUGGCGCACAACGUUCGCUGACCUUGUAUAUGCUGCACUGCACAACGUUGAAACGGUUUCUUGCCUCGAAAUAGAACCUCCCGGCGAGGGGAUCAACAUAUGUGGCUCUCGCACGGGCCAGUUGGGUCACCAUGUCCAAACUGUUAUCAGAACGGACAAGGGUGUGGACACGAAUGGUAAAACACGUUAUGUCAUCCCUCUGUCUCUGUAUUCAGACAAGACUCAUGUAGAUGGUCGUCAAAAGCAGACAGCGUAUCCUCUGAUGAUGUCAAUAGCUGAUCGCGCAUCGGACACCACACUCCUUGCGUAUCUUCCUGUGCUUCAACACCGGCCACGUGACAAGGGCUGGGGUCUGCACUCCACCACGUUUAAAAAACGGAAAGUUGUGAUAUUGCAUAAAGCGUUGUCAAUAGUAUUGUGGUCCGCAAAGGAGGCAUCCCAUGACGACAUGAUAGUCACAACGGAGCGGUUCGGCGAGAUAACAGUCCACCCUUUCGUCAUGAACUAUAUACAGGACUAUCCUGAAAGGUGUGCCCUUGCAACUGUGAAAUUCGGUGUUUAUCCAACAUGCACAGUGUCCAAAGACAAUUUCGAUGUCAUCGCGGAUUUCACCAAGUGCAGGAGAUCGCAGACGCUAGAGACGCAACUUGCUGCGAACCGCUUCAACAAUGGGGACAACGAUAUUCGUCGUGCCGCAGAGGCACGAAUAUCAGAAUUGAAUAUGCUCAAGAGAACGGCUUUUGGGGAUUCUACAGGGGUCCGCAUACUGACGAUCCUCAACUAGACUACCAUCUCGCUUUGCAACCGAACCGUAUGCACAUCAUUGAACACGACAUUUUCUUGCAUAUGAUAGAUGCAUUCAAGGCAGCAGCUUAUAAGAAGUUGUCGGAUAUCGAGCAAACCGAGAUA